AAAACGAAUGUUCCACAAGGAUUCAGAUCAGCUAACGCUGAUAGGUUACAGCAAUCAUGGGAAGUUCAGCAAGUGCUCUAUUAGUUACUUUACUUCUCGCUUCAGGAUUUGUGGCGAUUUACAUUGUUUAUGAAACUCGUAACAUCUCCGAUAAAUUAUGUUGGCACUCGGAAGCGGGACUUGCGGUGACAACUCAAUAUUUGUCAGGUAGAAAACUUCUGGAUAAUGUUGUUCGCUGCCAAAGUAUGUUCUCGUUGUUGGAUGGCGACAAAACGUCAAUUUCGAAUGUUACCAAAGAAAUUCAAAUAAUUAUCAAUGGAAUGAGAGACAAGUUUACAGCCAGUGGUGUUUGGGAUAGAGAACCAUAUAAAAAAAUUAGCAAAUUUAUACCAGCGGCCAUUAACAAAAAAAAUAGGACAAUAGACGGCAUGACGUUUGACGAAACUCUUAUGCAGACAGUAUGUGGAAAUUUGCUGACAAAAGUCAUCUUAGAUUUUGUUAAAGAAGUACCACCUCAAGAGGAAGUUUCCUUUGUCAAACUUUGUAUGCUGUGGAAACAGAAUGAUUACACGCAUGAACUUCCACCAAGAAGAAAUAUUUUGGAAAAACACGAUGGCAAGCUUCCCUACUUAGAUUGCAGAAUGAAAAAAAGAUUUAGCAAAAAUGAAAUUGUGCGCUGCUUUAGAAAUCUUGUAACAAAAAAGAACGCGUCAGUGCUCAUUUCGUUUAUCGGCGAUUCAAAAGUAAACCAAGUUUUUGAAGCCCUUCUCGUUGAAACCAAGGAGAUGGACUACGAGAUUGAAAACUUGGGACAACAAUUCAACUUACGGGAUUGGAUUAUCCAAGCUCUUGAACACCAUAACCACCAUCAGGUCACAGUUUCUGUGAGAUCAGCUCCCGGCUUCUACCUUACAAUGCAGUUCGAGACAUUCGCUGAAGUUACAUAUGAGGAAAUUCUACAAUCUGCAAUCUACAAAAAACUCUUGAGUUGGGCGGUGGGCGAAGAACCUCCCCCUGAUCUCAUUGUCAUUGGAUAUUCUACGUGGAUGUCGGUACUGCUGCUUCAUCCAUCGAAAGGUCGCCCAACCCUAACACUCAUGGACGACCAAUGGAGGAUCCACGCUGCUGUGUUACGCAUGUUAUUAAACAUGCGUAAAAAUACUCGGGUGCUGUUCCUCGCCCAAAAUAUACACAAGCAACAUGCCAUAGUUCAAAAACAGAGGUUCCACAAUGAAAAGUCUUCGCAAGAUCAGUGGCUUUAUUUCUCCGAGCUUGGAUGGUUGAACCUUAGAAAGAAGUUCACUUCUAAUUACGUACCUAACUACACACGGAAAAACAAAAGUUAUUUCUGGAGAGCCGUUUUCGCAUCACGUAGAAAUGCAGUUUCAUCUCCAAAAAAUUCCAUUCCGUUUCAAGGUCGUUUCAAAAUUCUUACUGAGGAAAAGCCGAGCAUUACUGAUGGAUCUUACGAAAGUCAACAGACAUUUCAUUCUGAUGCCGAGGGGCAUGGAGGCAUUUGGUUCUGGGACUCGACUCUGCCGCUGUCAUUCGCAUCGUUACGCGAUUGUGAUACGUUAUUUAAUCACGAUCCUAUGUCAGCCAAAAUGAUAUCUUUAGCCUACAAUAUUGAUGCAUUCUCCCAUCUUACUUACGUGUAUGGUUUGCUACAAAAGCUAAAUGUAUCGCGUGAUGAUUUUUUCCAGCGCGUAAAUCGCCUCUCUAAUAAGGUUCACGCCAACCCUCUGUUUUUUGAACUUCGGCCGAACGCUGAGAAGAAUAGCAGCACUUUCUUCCGUCAAAUGAAAACAUUCCCCGGGAAUUUGAUAGUGAACAUUACUGGAUCUUCAGUGAAAUCUCAGGAAGAGUUCGUGAAUAAACUAAAUGAAUACUAUGACACAUUUGCCACAACAUAUUCAAUGCCUGAUUUGUAUUGUCGAGAUCUCACUCACGCAGGGUACCUCGUGAAACAAGUCGAGGCCACGCAAAUCCUAAACAUGAUUUGCAAUCAGUUCAUGGAUUUGGAUCAUAAUUACUGUUGUAAUAAUAAUAGUCCUUGAUGAUAUCUUUGUGAUUUUUGGCGAGGGAUAUUCUAUCAUGAUGAUGAAUUCCAGGCCAUAUAUGAAACUACAACCGAAAAUCAAACGAUUUCAAGAUAUUUAACGGUGAGUGAGGUGACAUUUCCACACAUCGGCGGUUACUGACUUGCAUAAACUGAUGGUGACGAUAUUGAAUUAGAUUAACUCUGGGAAGUUGGGAACUCUCAGUAAGCUAUUAUCGGUUCAUAAAUAUGUAAUAAAUAUUUUUGCUGAAAAUUUCAAUCCAGUAGAGUUUUAUACGAUAUGUAUAUAAAUAGAAUUUUUAUUAAUUCAUUCAAUGUUCUCGUAUUACCUUAAAGCUCACUUGCUCUUAUCUAGCACCUACUCAUGUCAACGAUUCAUCACAGUAAUAUACCGAAGAUGGCUGAUUGUAAAAGAACGUUUAUCCAAAAGCAUCAUUCAUGUUGUGUCUCGUUUCAGAGCUGUCGUAGGAGCCUCUAAGGUCUUGUUCAACUUGCCAUGUUCUGCAAUCUACUUGACUAACAUGAGACGCAAUGAGCAUGUUUGCCAGGCUCUCAGUAAUCGUGUUUUUUUCUUUGAUAUUGUGUAGGUUGAUAGUUGCCAGUAUUUCUCUUCAAAUUCCCUGUCAAUAUUACUUUUAGGUAUAUUCUAAGUUAUACUAAGAAAGUUUAAGACUCCUCAGCCCAAGUAAACUGUAAAGCAGUGUGUAAGGCAUUGAGAUGUGCCUUAAACUCUGAACGGUCUAGUGUCCAUCUAAGUUAAAAAUAGCUGGUCUGCCAUAUUGUUGUGAGCUGCAAAUGGUUUCUGCGUAACCCUAGAAGAAAUCUCUCACAAGUCACACUGUUGUUAGGGAUUGGGCAGGUUGUAUAUUUUUCAUUUUUGUAUGAAGCCCCGUUAUCAAACUCAAACUUAUUGUCAGUCUUGCCAGGUUUGACCGACAAGACGGAGUGUGUGGACGCUCAAAGUUUGGC